CGGCGCACCCAUUCGGCAUUUCCUCUCUUCGUCAAAAUCCAGCGCAAGCACGGCGAGAAACCCAUCCAAAAACACACACACGCCCGUCCGAGGAACAACAAUUCAGAGUCCAGUAGAGUCCAGUCCAUGGGUGCCGGCAAGGGAGGAGAUGACCGCGCCGAGGAGGCCGCGGCGGCGGAGCCCGUCGUGCUGAAGAUGGAGCUGCAUUGCGCCGGCUGCGCGCAGAAGGUCAAGAAGGCCAUCAAGCGCGUGCCUGGGGUGGAGUCGAUCAAGGCGGACGCGGCGGCAAACAGGGUCGUCGUGACGGGGACGGCCGACGCGGCGGCGCUCAAGGCGCGGCUCGAGGCCAAGACCAAGAAGGCCGUGGAGAUCAUCUCCGCCGGCGGCGGGCCCAAGAAGACCGCCCCCGCCGCGGAGCCUAAGGACGCCGGCGCCGGGGAGAAGAAGGACGCCGGCGCCGGCGAGAAGAAGGCGGACAAGGACGCGAGCCCAAAGGAGGAGAAGGAGAAAAAGCAACCGCCGGAGGAGAAGAAACCCAAAGAGGAGACGGUGCUGCUCAAGAUCCGCCUCCACUGCGACGGCUGCGCCGACCGCAUAAGGCGACGCAUCUACAAGAUCAAAGGGGUGAAGGAUGUGGUGCUCGACGGCAAUGCCAAGGACGAGGUGAAGGUCAGGGGCACGAUGGACAUCCCCGCCAUGCUCUCCUACCUCAAGGAUAAGCUCAACCGCGACGUCGAGGCCGUGGCGCCCGCCAAGAAAGACGGCGGCGGUGAGGGCAAGGACGACAAGAAGGACAAAGCCGGCGAGGGCGAAAAGAACAAGGGCGCGGCUGCGGCCCCGGUCGGCGACGACACGAAGUCCAAGGGCAAGGGCAUCGAGGUGGCGGCUGCGGGCCCGUCCACGGCGGCCGCCGCGGCGUUCAUGGCGGCGCCGGCGGGGCCGAGCACGUAUCACGUGGCGCCGCCGCAUGGGUACGUGGCGUACCAGCAGGGCCCGCCGCCCCCCGCCAGCUACUAUCCGCCGUACCCCUACUACGGCAAUGCCGAUGCAAUGGGUCACGCCAACCCCAGCGCCGCCACCUACUACCCCCACCCCGGCUACCAGCACCAGCCCGACGGCAGCCAGCAGCAGGCGUACCCGCCGUACCCCUACCGCUUCGACAUGGCGCCGGCGCCGCAGCUCUUCAGCGACGAGAACCCUAACGCCUGCUCCGUCAUGUGACGAAACAGAGCUCACUGAUCCGUCGUCAGCUUUAGCCUUAGCCGGGAAAAAUCUCGAGUUCUCGACAUGCACAUAACGCAAUUAGGAUUUAGCUCCACUUACUCUAGAGCUCUAGGAGCAUUUCAGUAAUCAAAUUUUGCUUCAUUUGUUCAAUCCUUCGGAUCUCAUCUUUUGAUCAACAACGCUUUGUUCUAGUCUAC